AUGGCUUCAGUGAGUAAGGAGCAAAUAAAAAUUCAGGAAGAGGAGGCGACUAAUGUUUAGUUAUUCAUACUGCAGACAGAAAAGUUAAAGAAAUUAUUGCAGAUUCAAAAGGCUGAUAGAGAUACUAACAUUCUGGCAGAGAUUGCAUCGAUAGCAAAACAAAUAGGUUUCUUGAGUAAAUAUAAGGAUAGACCUUACUUCACUGCUUUGUGCAAACACCUUUACAUGCAGACAUUCGAACCUAAUUCAUGCAUUUUCAAAUAGGGAGAUGAGGGUGAUAAGUUUUAUGUGAUUCUGAAUGGAAGUGUUAGGGUGUUGAUCGAUCAAGCCACCACGUUGAAGGACGUGAUGAUCAAGAAAGAGGUGGCCUAAUUGAAGAAGGGGGAGUUCUUUGGAGAGAUGGCAUUGUAGUUUAAUUUAAAAAGAACUGCCACCAUCAUUACCAAUGAGAUCACUGAUUUGAUCAUCCUAGAGAAUGAGGCAUUCUAAUAAUUCAUGUUGGCUGAUCAUAUGCAGACGGAGAGAGUGAAAGAGACAAUUAAGUUUUUGGAAUAACUCGACAUCUUCUAAGGAUUCAGCAAUAAGAUUAUGGUAAGUCUAAGCACCAAAUGCAUACAGAAUAGACACAAGCAUCAGACAAUAUUAUUGAAGGCAGGCACGGUUCCAAAUAAACUGUUCAUUAUUAAAUCGGGAUGUGUUACAGUGAUUUAAAAGUUACCAGGAGUCAGAUCUGAUUACACUCCAUAAGCAGAAUACGGAUUCCCCUUGAAUGAGUACUUCGAAUUAACUGAAUUGGGAGAAGGGGAGAUCUUUGGAGACUUGGCUAUGUUGAAACAAGAGAAGUCCAAAUAUACUUACAUGACUGCGAUUCAAUCUGAGAUAAUCACUCUCAGUCUAUUUGACAUCAAAUAAAUUGUGCCUCCAGAAUUAUUAGAUCAAUACCUAGUUAAAUUACAGACAUAUCCAGAACAGUCGGAAUUGAAGGAAAUGAUCAUUGAGAAGGGCAGAUGGGAAAAAUACAAGAAACAGCUCUUUAAUAAAAUACAGAAGGAGAAACAAUCGAGGAAGGGAUUCAAUGAAGGCUUACGAUUGCCCACCUUGAAUGAUUCCUAUAUUCAACCACCCAACAGACACAAUAUUAAGGCCUUUGUCAUCAAUGACAAACGACAAAGACUCACUCCAGUGGAGAAAAGAUUAUUCGUUAACGAAUUGAAUUACAUUCGCUAAUCUGUUUCUAAUGAGAGACUCAAAAAUGAUUUUCUAGAAUAAUAAUUUUAGCAACAAAUAUUAUAUACAAUUUUGAAGCCAAAAAAAGCAUAAACCAAUUAUUUAUUUUACAUUAAUAAAAAUCACUUGAAAUAAAUGUCUAAGGAAGUUAGCGAAUUGGUUAUCACAAGAUUAAAAGCAGAACGCAGAGCCUGGCGCACUGAUCAUCCUCAUGGAUUUGUUGCCAAGCCUACCACCAAAGAAGACGGAACAGUUGAUUUACUCAAAUGGGUAUGUGAAAUACCAGGACCACAAGGAUGUCCUUGGGAAGAGGGUACCUACACAUUACAUAUGGAUUUUUCGCAUGAUUACCCUAUGAAACCACCUAAAUGUUAAUUCAAACCUGUCUUACCACAUCCAAAUGUCUACCCUUCUGGAACUGUCUGUCUAUCCAUUCUCAACGAAGAAGAAGACUGGAAAUCUAGUAUCACUGUCAAACAAAUCUUACUUGGCAUUCAGAAGCUACUCAAAGACGAACCCAACAUUGAGAGUCCUGCUCAAUAUGAACCAUGCAAUCAAUACAAAAACAACCGCCAAGAAUACUUAAAGAAAGCACGUGAAUUCGCUGCCUCACUUAAGAAGCAACCCUAAUGAUCAUAUAAUCAGUCAUUAUCUGUAUCAAUAUAUAGUGUUAAUUGCACAGACACAAUUUAAUCAUUAUACUCU